AUGAGACUCAAAGACAAUCUCCUUUGCAAUCUCGAUGACUUAGAUGUAUGCACGACAAGUCUAGAUCUAGACUCCUUUAUGAAGAGCUUUGAGGUAGAGAUAAUCGCUUCACCACCUGUGACAGUGGUCGAUCUGACGUUAUAUUCUAGUGAGUCUCAACCUGAUCUAGGUUUCCUUAUUGAAGCUUCUGAUGACGAGCUUGGUCUUCCUUUAUUAAAUAUGACGACGAGCGAUGAAGACGUCAUUGAGUUGCUGCAAGUUUCAUUUGACUUGUCGACCAAAUUCUGUGAGAUGUGGAGGUUUGAUGAUCAGAUCCUAAGUUAUGACUUGUUCGAAUUUGGGAUCGCCGGCGUUGAGAAUAAUGGCGAAUAUGUGCCAUUAGACGGGUUCUUCGAUUAUUCGAAGAGAGAGAAAGAGAGUGAGUGUGAGAGUGAUUAUGUUUAA